GGAGGGGGAGUUUGAUUUGGGACGGGUCUGUGCGCCGGACGCCUGGACGGACACUCACUGCAACUGAAUGAUAGUUAAAUCUCCUCUUUUAAAUCGGGAUUUUGUGGUUAAUAAUCACCGAACUGCGUAACUCCAGUACUUCAGGUCCCCAGAGAGAAAAGUUCAGGCUGCUUUUUGGUUCUGAACCAUGGAAGCCCAGAGGAAGCGGACAGCUUAUCGCCACUAGACCCCGUGGAGGAAAAGAAUGGACCGAGUGAAAACUGACCCGACCGAGGUGGACUGAUCCCCGCCAUGUCGCCCUCCUCUCCCUGCCAGGAGGGCUACAAGCCGGCGCCGGUGGCCCCCGCGCCGCCCGUCCCGCCGCGCAGGGUCCGGAGCAGGGACGAGGGCUCCGGAGGGAGGACGCGGCGGGCGGCCGUUCCGGAGAGGCGGGUGAAGUGUGUGCUGGUUGGGGACGGAGCGGUGGGGAAAACCAGCCUGGUGGUCAGCUACACCACCAACGGAUACCCCACCGAGUACGUCCCGACGGCGUUUGACAACUUCUCAGCCGUGGUGUCAGUGGACGGACAGCCGGUGAAGCUGCAGCUGUGUGACACAGCAGGACAGGAUGAGUUUGACAGGCUCCGUCCGCUGUGCUACACCAGUGCAGACGUCUUCAUGCUGUGCUUCAGCGUCGUCAGUCCCGCCUCCUUCCAGAACGUUCCAGAAAAAUGGGCCCCAGAGAUCCAUAAACAUGCCCCCUUCGCUCCCCUCGUCCUGGUGGGGACACAGUGCGACCUCAGAGAAGACGUCAAGGUGCUCAUCGACCUGGCGAAGUACCGGGAGCGGCCCGUGGACCCUUCGGAUGCCCGGGACUGUGCCAUGGAGAUCGGAGCCGUGGCCUACAUGGAGUGCUCCUCUCUGACCCAGAAGAACCUAAAGGAGGUGUUCGACACGGCCAUCCUGGCCAGCCUGCAGAAAUACGGCUCACGGAAACGCUCGAGAGGCAAACAGAAGCACCGAAAAAAGGCGAGGCAGACCCCGGACAAGGUGAAGAGUCUGUCCAAGUCCUGGUGGAAACGGUACUGCUGCGUGGCGUAGAGCAGACCUGGGACUGGAUCCGGCUCUGAUUCUGGGCUGGAGUUUUAAAGAAAACUAUAUAAAACCCUGAUUGGAACGUGGAAUAUUGUGGAUGAGAUUUACUACUGAGCUUUGAGUCGCCUGGAGGAUUCUCUGGUGUUUAUUCACUUAGACUGGUUAAACACCAGUUCUGUUCUGGGACCAGUAAAAGAUGUGACAGAGUCAUAUCCAGGUUGCUUUUCUCUGGAUUUCUGGUCCAAAAAUACCAAGGAAAAAAUAAACAAACAGACAAAACAACCUGCCUUUUUAUGCAUCCCAGAGGAAAACUGGAAUCUUUGUUGGAUGUAAUUAUUAUAAUCGAUGAUCUAAGCCAAACAACACGCUGUCAGCUGACUGUAAAUUGUUCCCAAUUCUGGACUGGUUUAAAAUAAGAUCAGAAAGAGCUGCUGAGAGAAAGAGAGUCGCCCUCAGAGCAGACUUUGUUACGGAGGAUUUUACGACCCAGACAAGAUUGCCAGACGCACAUGAAGUCAAAACAAGUCCGUCCUGACUUUAAUUCAGAGCCAUUGUUACUCUGAUGAGAGGACUCGUUGAGUAACCACAUCCUGAUUUUACACGUUCAGUUUUGAUUAUGAAUCAGCUUUUUGUUUGGUCUUAAACAGAACAAUUUGUACCAAAUUCAGGCUUUAUUUUUUUAUGCAAGCGCUCAAAUCAUAUCUAAUCUUGAUACGAACUCAUGCACAUUUUUGUCCUAUCAGAAGACACAAACUGUUCCCGCUUUGAUCAAAACUGAGAUUUCCAAACAACCCACAUUCUUUAUAUCUUUUUUUUUCUGUAGCAGCAAACAAACUAUUUCAUGUCUCUACGUUGGAAGGUAAUUUAUCAUCUUUUCCUCUCAAACUCAUCAGGACUGACAGUGAAAACAGAGCGAUGCCGGUUCAGGUUGGUUAGCUGUGAAAACGGGAUCAUUUCUUCUACACGUGUUUGACUUGUAACUUAAACAAAGUGGUUUCAAACAUUUCCACUGCUAUAUGUGAUUUAUCCUUUCAGACUUGACUAUGAGCGUUUGCUGAAUCAGAUCCUCCAUGGUUAAAUCUAAAAUUAGCUAUAAUUAAUUCAUAAUGCAUUUGGCUAUCUUUGUUUCUUAAGAAAAAUCUAUUUUCUCUGUUAUAUUACUGGAUUUUAUUGUUAGUUACUGACACUCUGUCUAUAACGCAUAAAUAAUCUAUAAACCUGGUGUUUUUCUCUUUCUAAUAUUUCAUCAACUUUCUAAUAUUUCAUCAAAUGAAAACCACAAACUUUAAUGUUUUCUAUUUUUUGCGACAAACCAAGAUACAGUGAUGCAUCGAUAGGAAGAACAAAAGUAAAUCAUCGUUUCAGUUUGUUUCAACAGAUGAAAAUCUAAAAAGUGCGGUGGGCAUUUGUGCCUAGCUCCUCUAAGUCAAUAGAGGGGAUAACAAUGCAUCAAAAGACGCAAAUAAACAACUUGUUUUUAAAUAAAAAGGCAAACAUUUUAUUGCCUGAAAUGCGAUAAUAGCAUUAUUUUACUUGUAGCAAAGGAUGCAUCUGCAACUAAAAAAAUACAAGCAUGUGAAAAGCUCAGCCCUUUUAAAUCAACUUAAUAUCAAUGAAAUGUAGCUGAUCUAUUGACUAUUUUUUUAAUUAAUAAUUGGACAGCAAAAAGUGAUUAAUAUGAGAUUUUGUUUUACAGAAUUUGAACCAGGUGAAGCUAAACCUGCCACUUGAAUAGUUCUGGGCAAAACAUAUUUACAAAUAAAAGUUGUUGUUUUUUUUAAAUCUUAAAUGCCAAAUGUAUAUAUUUUUGUACAGUUUUGGCUUAAUUACUGCUGUUUCUGAUGCAACUCAAUGGGUUCACUGUGUCGAUGUUUAACUGCUGAUAGCAAAUGCUUUGUGUGUUGCAGGGAGAAAAGGCAUAAUAGGUUAUUUGUCUUGUGGAGCUAACUGGGCCAAAGGUCACACACUCUUAUGAUAGCUGGCAUUUCCUGUGUUAAGUUUAACAAGUUAGUUUUGUAUUUAAUUCACUCCGGUUUAAACGUCUUAGCAGAACAGUGGCGUUAAUCAUGUUGUUCUGUCUUGUCUAUCAGCAGAAAACGCCUGACUUGUAUUUUAAAAUGACCUUAAGAUGAGAUGCUCACGUUAUAAACUUUUAAAUACUGUGAUCCCGUAGAUUCUGCUUUAUUUAAUCACCACAGAAGCUACUCUGACCCCAACUGAUAAUAGUUAAGCAAUGCAACGCGCUACAACACUGGCAAAAAUUCAUUUGUGAUGCCAACUUAUGAGGCUAUGAAAGGUUAGAGGGUUUCCCUCGUUUUGACUUCUUCUCAGGUGGUUGCUGCAGCGCUGGAGCAGGAUGACAGACGAAGGGCUUCGUAACGUAGAGCAGAUGGCUAUCCGAACGUGGAGACAGAAAACAGAUGUGAUGAAUGUUGGGGUUUUUCUGUUUUGUUGAAAGUAAAGCAUGAUUAUUCUUUGUUGCUGUUGUUGAGGUUUGUAGAACUAUGUGAGAGCUGAAACUUCAUAAAUCUGUGACUUUGAUUUACUGGGUGUUGUUGUGACGGGCCUCCGCUGUACGUAUGUUUAAUACGUGACUCAGAGACGCGGCGUCAGCCAGCUGCUGUUCGGUCUCAUUGGAUGUGAAGCAAAGAAACACAAAAAUACACAUAAAUACGUCUGAUUUAGGGCACAAAAUGAAACUGGUCAUUGUAUUCAUCUAUGUCCAGGGCCGAAUUUAGAAGGAUAAGGGCCCGGGGCUAGAGCCGGUUUUGGUACCCUAUCCAAAAAACACACACAAAAAAACAAGCAUCUUACACAUGGAAAUUACAGGUGAUGAACGGUUAGGCCUAUACAUCAACAGGUUCAAAACCUCCCAUGUGAGAUGGACCCAUGAUUGUCCCACAUAGAUGCACUACAAGUUCAGAAUUUUCAAAUGUUUGAGUUUUGUAUACAUUAACAUUAAUAUCAAUCAAAAAAAUACCAAAACAACACACUUCAGAUGGGCUUAUGAGUUUUAUAUAAGCUACAAUGUAAAACAUUAAUUCAUUACAAAAAUCUUUGGGGCGUCCAAAACAUGGAGCCCUGGGCUACCGCCACUGUAAGCGCAUUCUGAGUCCGUCCCAGUCUACGUCCUGUGACUGAGUUCAAACAAAAACAGAUAUCUAAUCUGAGGACUUACAGAUCUUACAGGGGCCACCAGCUCAGAGCCUCUUUCAGAAAACCAGCCGACCGCGGCCUGUGUGAACCACCACUCCUGUUUUCACUGGUUAAAAAACAAAAACAGACAAUACGCUGCUGCAAUCGGCUCAUCUCAAGCUUGUCGUCAACCUGAAAAUAUCAGUAAAAGGAGGAUGUGUUUGUACAGAUCUGUUAUACUCUGAGAAAUAAAGAAUAUUUGUAAUAAA